GUCUUGUCCUCGUCUCGUCUCGUCUCGUCUUCUGCCACUUUCCUUUUCACUUUCCCUCCCCCAAGUCGUCCCAGGCGUGCGUGUCUUGUCCUGCUCUUCUCGUCCCUCUCAUCCCAGCGUCCAUCGCCAGAGACAUCUCAGUUAUCUUCUUUUCCAAGUCAGGGACUCCCGCCAAUUCUUCCACCAUCGAUUUAUUCGCUCCUUUCGUCGUGAACAUGGGUCGGACGGUCGACCAGGAAGUUCACGCGGCGUUUGUCGAGUUCCGCGCCAAGGAAGACGAUAAGUGUCUUUCCGUCCAAUGUAUCUACUGCCAGCAGAUCCGCGCAAAGAACACCUCACGCCAGAAGCAGCACCUCCUCGAGUGUCCUGGUCUGCGCGGCCAUACCAAUCCUCCCCCUCAAUCCCAGUCCACCCAGUCUGCUCCCAACGGCAUCACUACGGCAAAUGGAUACCCUCCGAAUCCCAACGGUGCUGGUGCGGCGGCACCAGGCGCUGGCCCAGGCCCGGGUGCUCUGUCGACGCCCACGGCCGCCAUGAUGUCUAACGGGGUCAAUCCUCAUGCUACUCCCAUGCAAACUCCCCUGCAGAACAUGUCCAGUCGUGCCUCGUUGCCCACCUCUGGUCCUCCGGGAGGUUCUUCGUCCGCGUCCGCUUCCCAGCAGGCAGCUCGCAGCACCCCCAAGGCAAAGCCAAAGAACGCCAACUCGAACCUCCCCGCCCCUCCUCUGGAUGACGUCCAUGCUGCGUUUGUUGAGUUCCGCGCGAAAGAAGAAGACAAGUGUCUCUCCGUGCAGUGCAUAUACUGUCAGCAAGUCCGUGCAAAGAACACCAGCCGACAGCGUCAACACCUCCUGGAAUGUCCCACCUACCUCAGUGUCAUGAAAGACUCCAUUCCCGCCAACAACCUUCUCCAUACAUUUCCCGAAGGCGAUGUGGCGCGUUCGCUGCAAAUCCCCGCGCCUAACCUCGAGCUGGACUUCCGCAUGAGCCUCAAGAUGAACCCGAAGGUCGCCGUCGGACCGAGCAUCUGGGGUCAGAGGGAUUGGGUCACAUUCAUCGGUGGUCAGUGGGCGGGCAGAUGGGGUAAAGGUGUUGUUCUGCCUGGCGGACAAGACUCUCAGGUGAUGACCAAGGAUUCUACCAGCCUUCGAGCAAACUUCGUGUUCCAGACCGCGGACGAGCCUCCGGCAUAUAUUGUCGUCAAGACCACUGGAUGGUUGACAGGUGCGAAGGAUGUGCUUGACAAGGUCAACGACCCGGGGAUGGCCGACUCGAUCAAUCCCAACUCGUACAAAUAUCGCGUCAAUCUUAGCAUGGAAACCGGUGAUGACCGCUACACUUUCCUCAACACAUUGAUGUGGAUUUGCAGCGGCUGCCGCAGGGGUCAUGAAGGUUAGUAAACAGCGUUGAUUCUCUGCAGUAACAUUUUUUGCUCACCAAGCCUAGUCAUCUUCGAUGCAUUCCGCAUCAAUUAGUCUGCUACGAUAUUGCAA